AUGGCCACCCUGAAACUAGAGUACCUGCAUAAGUUUGUCGAAUUUUACAAUUUUCCAGGAACGGAUAACGGAUUCUGCCACAGGAAUUGCAGCGUUUCCGAUUGCCAGAGCCAGAAAUGCAUCGAAGAGUGUGAAAGACAUUGCUGGAGAAAGACGAAAGAGACUCACCAGAUUAUCACGCAAUACGAGGAAUGUAGAACAAAUGAUUGUAACAAUGACAACGACGGUGGGAAAAAGGAUAGCGUUUUGAGGGCCACCAAUUUCACGACACACAUCGGCAUUAACAAUAUUAUUAAUAACGUUCACCCAUCUUAUUCAGAAGACGAAGGGUCGUCCAGAAAUAAUUGUUCCUGUUCGCCAUAUAAUCCUUACUGUAAUUGCAAUCCGUUUUUUGGAUCAAUGAUGACGCCGCAGGUUCAAAUGGUACCGCAAAUCCAAAUGGUGCCGCAAAUUCAGUUGGUGCCGCAAGUCUCUUACGGGUACAAUUUCGGAAUUGGCGGUGCAUGUAUACCACCAAUGGCGUGGCCCUGUUGGCAACAGAGACAGUCGGGCCCCGAUUGUUCCGGUUGCUGGAAUCGUUUUGCGCGAUACAGAUGUGACGUUUCAUGUUAUUAUGGAAAUGAACCGACUAACACCAGUCAAGCACCAAGGCUUCCUCCACCAGGACAAAACCCUUGCAGAAGUCCUGAAUGUAUUGGAGGUACUUGAAAGAAACGUGGAAUCCUAGGUGCAAGGAUCGAAAUCAUUGAAGGAAUGGAAUAGAUUUUUGACACUUAAGUAACGUGAAG